CUCUACUCUUCUAGGAGGCGGGGACAAGACAGAGGGGCAGCGGACGCCAUCCCGAUCAGAAAAAGCCAGGAGACCAGAAGAUUUCGUAAGACAGAAGCUCCAGGAAGAGGAGGAACCGCCCAACAUGGCAUCAGAGAGCGGGAAGCUAUGGGGUGGCCGGUUUGUGGGCGCUGUGGACCCCAUCAUGGAGAAGUUCAACUCGUCUAUCUCCUACGACCGGCAUCUGUGGAAUGUGGAUGUACAGGGGAGCAAGGCCUACAGCAGGGGCCUGGAGAAGGCGGGACUUCUCACCAAAGCCGAGAUGCAGCAGAUACUGCAAGGGCUGGACAAGGUUGCUGAAGAGUGGGCCCAAGGCACCUUCAAAUUACACCCUAAUGAUGAAGACAUUCACACAGCCAAUGAGCGGCGCCUGAAGGAACUCAUCGGGGAAGCUGCGGGGAAGCUACACACAGGACGAAGCCGCAACGACCAGGUGGUCACGGACCUCAGGCUAUGGAUGAGGCAGACCUGCUCAAAACUCUCCGCCUUCCUCCGGGUGCUCAUUGGAACCAUGGUCGACCGGGCAGAGGCGGAGCGUGAUGUCCUCUUCCCAGGGUACACACACUUGCAGAGAGCUCAGCCCAUCCGCUGGAGCCACUGGAUCCUGAGCCACGCUGUUGCGCUGACGCGAGAUUCAGAGAGACUGCUAGAGGUGCAGAAGCGGAUCAAUGUCCUGCCACUGGGGAGUGGGGCCAUUGCAGGCAACCCUCUGGGUGUGGACCGGGAGCUACUCUGUGCAGAACUGAACUUUGGGGCCAUCACACUCAACAGCAUGGAUGCCACCAGUGAGAGAGACUUCGUGGCUGAGUUCCUGUUUUGGGCUUCUCUGUGUAUGACCCACCUCAGCAGGAUGGCCGAGGACCUGAUUCUCUACGGUACCAAGGAAUUCAACUUUGUGCAACUCUCGGAUGCCUACAGCACCGGAAGCAGCUUGAUGCCCCAGAAGAAAAACCCAGACAGCCUGGAGCUGAUCCGGAGCAAGGCGGGCCGAGUGUUUGGACGGUGUGCUGGACUCCUGAUGACCCUCAAGGGACUUCCAAGCACCUACAACAAGGACUUACAGGAAGACAAGGAAGCUGUGUUUGAAGUGUCUGACACCAUGAUCGCUGUCCUCCAAGUGGCCACCGGAGUCAUCUCUACAUUGCAGAUUCACCGUGAGAACAUGAAACAGGCGCUCAGCCCUGACAUGCUGGCCACGGACCUCGCCUACUACCUGGUCCGCAAAGGGAUGCCAUUCCGCCAGGCCCACGAGGCCUCAGGGAAAGCUGUGUUCAUGGCAGAGACUAAAGGAGUGGCUCUCAACCUGCUGUCGCUACAGGAGCUGCAGACCAUCAGUCCCCUGUUCUCAGGUGAUGUGAGUCACGUGUGGGACUACAGUCACAGCGUGGAACAGUACAGUGCCUUGGGUGGCACAGCGAAAUCCAGUGUCGAGUGGCAGAUCAGGCAGGUGCGGGCCCUGCUGCAGGCCCAGGAGCCCUAGAUUCUGCCCACCCAAAGCUGCUCCCCAAUAAAGUGGAGCCCUGAAGUAACCG